GCGGCCAUGGAUGAUGAUGAAGAGUUAAUUCCUUCUCUACCCAAUGAUCUCGCCCUCGAAUGCUUAAUUCGUCUUCCUUUCUAUUGCUUUACCGCAGCAUCCAAAGUUUCCAAAUCAUGGAAAACUAAAAUCAAUCUGCCUGAGUUCCGCCAAAAUCGCAAAUUAUCCGGUUCGGCUCGUUUUCUCAUGGUUUUAGCACAAGCAUGGAGUCCAUCCUUCGACAAAUCCUAUGUAAAAAGCUGGACUCCACCUAUAUACAGAUUAACCAUGUACGACCCACAAUCCAACAAUUGGUCCGACCUUCCUCCCUUACCUUGGUUCCCAUCCGGUUUACCCAUGAUCUGUCGAAUCGUAGUCGCCGGUUCGGAUCUUGUUGUAUUGGGAGGUUGCGACCCGGUGACAUGGCGUGUUUGUAAUUCGGUAUUCAUUUACAAUUUCAUAUCGGGUGAUUGGCGAAUCGGGUCAGACAUGCCAGGUCAUCAGAGGCUAUUCUUUGCUUGCGCAUCAGAUUCAGAAAACAUGAUCUACGUGGCGGGCGGGCAUGACGAGGAUAAACGAGCUUUGAAAACCGCGAUGGCGUAUGACGUGGAAAAUGAUAAGUGGGUCCAAAUUGAUGACAUGGCGAGAGAGCGAGACGAGUGUCGUGGCGUGUUUCGCCACGGGAGAUUCCAUGUCAUCGGCGGUUAUUGUACGGAGAGACAAGGCGAGUUUGAGAUGGACAUGGAAUGUUUUAAUGUUUUAACAGGGAAGUGGGAGGAUGUUGAAGAUAAUUUCUUGGAUGAAUCUGUUUGUCCUGAAAGAUGCGUUGGCGAUUGUGACGUGGACGGGAGAAUGUAUAUAUUUGGAAAGAAAAAUUUGUUGAUUGACGAUAAUAAUAAUAAUGAGACAGGUGGCAGGGGAUGGAAAAUCCUAGCUGGAUUUCCUGAUGACGUGUCAAGUGUUUCGUAUGCGACGACGUGGCAGGGGAAGAGGUUAAUGAUUGGAUAUGAUGAACAAAGUAGGGCACAUAAUGUUUAUACUAUGGAUGUGGGUGAGAACAAAUGGACUAGAAUGGAUUCUCCUCUAUUCUACACAGGACCAGCCCAGUCUAUUUGUUCAUUCUAUCUUUGAACUAUUAUUAUU